AUGGACAGCGGUAAUAAUGAUAAGUUGUCAAUUAGUGACAAAAUAAAUCCGACCGAAUUUGACGUCACAAUGAAUGCACUUCUCAUAGGUUUAGAAGCUGAAAAAUAUGUUGAUAUUUUUAGGAAGCAUAACAUUGGUCAGUGCACGUUGAUGGAAUUAAAUGAUGAAGAUUUGAUAAAACUGGGAGUGGAUGAACCGAACAUUAGAAAAAAACUUCUUGAAGAGGCUACGAACUUGCCAAUUUAUGAAGAAUCUAGUCAUAAUUUAAAGUUUUGUCCUAACCUCGGACCAAUGGAGAUUGUAGACAUAUUGGAAGAGAGCUCGCAGCAUUUAUACAGAAUAUAUUUAAGCAUGUUAGCAAACACUUUGGCGGUUAAAAAAACGAAAAAACAUUCAGAUUGUCUACUAUAUAAAGACAAAUAUGCAUCUGAUAUAGCUCUUUCAACAUUAAGUGAAAUUACUAAUAUUUUAAACUCUAUGGAUAUUGUCCUUCACACACAAUUUAAGACCCUCAGCCAAGGAUCCAAUAAAACAAGGAAUAAGAAGAUUCUCAUUGGUACUGUUGGUAGUGCUAUGAUAGCUGUAUUAACUGUUAUGUUUGUAAAAUCCUUGAAAGAUCUUUGA